AUGGCGUCCACCGAGCCAUUCGAUGUCAACUUGCUGCAUGUGCAGUGGAAGAACCCCGAGUAUCUUGCGUUUCUAAGCGCACAGAAAGGCGGUGUGAAUGCAGGGCAGUCAGUACUGGAUGCGUCGAAUGUGAUGGAGUAUUUCAGCACGUCGCCCUUUUACGAUCGGCGCAGCAACAAUGAGCAUGUGCGAAUGCAGAGCGCCGUGCUCGUGAAUCAAGCCCUGAUGUCAGCACACCAGUCAGGCAUAGAUGCUAUGCAGAACGUGGCGAAUAUGCUCGAAACCGAACUCAAGCGCUUCACUGGCUUGGAAUUUGCACUAGUACAUGCAAGGCCACCGGUUUGUUUCGUCAUACACAAGCGCUGGCGACAUUCGCCAGACAAGGUCGACAAGCCAUUAGCGUCGUACUAUAUUAUAAAUGACUGCAUUUAUCAGGCGCCGGACAUCUAUACCAUUCUGUCGACGCGGCUUCAAUCGUCGAUCAAGGGACUGCACUCCACGCUGCGCGAGCAGCGCGAGCACCGCUCGACAUUCAGUCCACGUCGGGGGCACUAUGGCCGCUUUCUCACCAUGGAUCCUACGUGA